AUGAAUAUUGUAUAGAAAAAGCGGGAAGAAUUUUCAAUCAACAUCAGAAAGUAAAAAAGAGAAGAAUUGUUUAAAUCUAAGAGAAUCUCAAAUAGCCAAUAUUUACCAUUUUCUUAUAAUACAACCAAUUUAGCAGAAAUUUAUUCAAAUGCUUAUUACUAAAAAUAGUGUCCAAACAAUGUUUAACUUAAUGAAACUAUCUAAAAGAUUUUCAAAAUAUCUGAAUUAGCAGAUGCAUUUAAUGAAAAUGAUUGUGAAAAAAAUUAUGAUACAUCUUCAGAUGUUGAAAUCAUAUUUGACAUAAUCAAUAAAGGAUAUCCAGUCUUAGAUGUAUUAAAUUAUAUUUAUUAAAGAGAGCCUGUUUGCAAAUUUUACUAUCAUUUACACUACCAAGUCAUUUAACAUGCAAACCAAUAUUAAAGUAUAUACCUGAUUUGUUGAAGUUUUUCAAUGAAACUUAAUAUGAUGAACUCAAAUAGACGGUGUUGUUUGUAUUUUCUAAUCUAGCAGCUGACUGUUAUUAAUGUAGAGAUGCCAUUUUAAUAUAUGAAAUACCAUAAGCAGUAUUCUAAACUAUUCAUUAAACCUCAAGAGAAUUAAUGGAUGAUCUAGCAUAAAUUCUAAUUAACAUCUCAAGAACUCAACCACUAAUGUCAAAUUUCAACUAAAUUUAAAUGAUUAAAUUAUGUUGGCAAUUAUUUCCUUAUCUAUAAGGCAAUGAAUAUAUAGCUGGAAUAUUGUAACUCAUAUAAAAAAUAUGCUAAAAGGAUAAAAAUUUAUUAGAUAUGAAUUUCCUUAAUAGUAUCUGUUAGAAUUACUCAAAUUCUGAUUAAUACUUAAAUGAAAUAUUAGCUUUGAUUAAAAUAAUGUCAUAUUUUGAUAGAAAUCGAUAUGAAACUAUUGAAAAUAACAUUCUAAAUUACUUAAUACUUAAAGUAAAUUAAACUCUUAUAACUGGAUAAUAAGAUAUAUAUUUGUAAAAGUAAAUCAAUAAAGUUUUGAGUAUUUUUACAAAUAUGAUAGUUGAAAACCCUAAAUUAAUUUUUAAUACUCUUAAUACAAAUAUCAUUUAAUUAUUUAAAUUUAAUGAAUAAUUAUAAGAAACUUAUAAUGAGAUCUUUAGUAGCAUUUAUUAUUACUCCUUUUAUUAUUAGAUUAUCAAUAAUUUAAAUUAAAACUAAUUAAAAUAAUUCAUUUAAUUGUUCUAACCAAUUUAAUAAAUGAUAAUUUUAUUGGAUUAUAAUAUAAAUAAUACAGAUAUUAUUAUUGAUAUUUUAAGAAUUAUAGAGAUGAUUAUGCAAAAAAAUAUUGAAUCAAUUUCUGUAUUUGUAGAGUAAAAUGGGGAAUAAUAUUUAGCUGAAUUAUCUUAACAUGAAAAUGAAGAUGUCUAUAACUUAUGUGAAGAAAUUUUUGAAAUCAUUAAAUGA